AUGCCAGCUCGAAUCAGGCGAAGAAUAACAUCGCUGAGAAGAGAUGAAAUUGAAAAAGACCAGGAGGAACAAAGUCAGCAAAUAAUACGUCCUUUUGAAAACGUCCAUGACUUGCCUGUCUCUUACACUGCAUCAUCUCAAUCAAGCUUUCUCAAUCAGCCUCUCACCAUCAAGGAUACUGCUGUGCUUUACUUAUCAUUGAUCAAAUCAAGAUCAAACUAUUUGAAGCUAUGUCCGAUGUUUCAAUUGUACUGGGUCAAACAAUCAAGUUACAUCAAGAAAUUGAUGGAACAAGAUAAGCCGAUACCUGAGCAUUUGAAGAAGGACGAUAUCUAUGCCAAUAGAUCGUGUGUUUUGAAUAAUGAUAUAAGUGCAAGAGACAUAAUGGUCAAGUUACUAGAAUGUGGUUUGAGUAUAGGCGUACACUUUUUUGAAAUCAGGGUAUUUAUUGCCAAAGAUGAACGAAGUGAUACAAAAGAAGAAAAGGAAAGGAUGAAGCGGGAACGAGCGGAGAAAAAGGCUCAAAAAGAGCAGGAAAAACUAGAAAGAAAGAUAAAGAGAGAACAAGAAAUGAAAGAAAGAGAGGAGCGAAAGAUUCAGAAAGAGAAUGAGAAGAGGGAGGGUUUGCAAAAAAAGAAGGAGGAACAGAGUCAAGGAAAGCCAAACAACUCGGUAGACACUACUAACGGGAACAAGGAUAAAUUAGAAAUUACCAAAAGUUUAGUCAAGGUUUCAAAAACGAGCCUGAAAGACAAGAAAGUUGGAAAAACUGUAGAAGUGGAGGAAAAGUCGAAGCCAAUGUCAAAAUCGACAUCGCCAUCAUCCCCAACCACAAAUAAUCAUGGGGAUCAGCAAUCGCCUGGUAAUCAAAGGAUGAUUGACAAUCUCAAUUACAUAGGUUCUAAAAACAAAGACUUCAACGAUUUGAUGAAUCAGGUUGCAAGUGGCUGCGCUACAGCUCAUCAGAUCGCACAUUUUCAAAAGUACAUACGAGAAGCUGAAUGCUUGGGACCUCCUCCGCAUAAUGAAGGGGUAAUCAAUAAGAUAGUGGAGAAAAUUAAUAACGAAGUACUUGAAGAGCGUUGUCGUGACAGUGGUAACAACACUAAAUUUGCGAGCCUGGGUCAAAACGACAAACCAAGAUUUCAUGGAACUCAAAAUGAAGAUAGCUCCCCUGAUGGAAGUGAUUUGAAAAUUGUGGGAACCAAUCUGGGAGGUGAACCACAAGAAAUGGGGGCUCCACUUUAUGCGAAUACAAAUGCAAGUAAUGUAUUUGUCAAGAGCGAACGCAGUGAUUCAGUACCCCAUAUAUACGAUCCUCGAAGCUCAGCAGAAGCAAUUGAUAGCCAAGGCAAGAAAAAAAGGAUAUUGAAGAAGGAUAUACCAAAGGACCAAAAGUUAACGGCAUUCCAAGAAAAGUAUCUCUUCAACGCCACUGUCUUGUUUGAAUUUCUCGAGAACCCUAAUGUACGAUUUCAAUUUCCAAAGUUAGCAAUAUGCGAAGUUAAUGAUCCUUCCACGCAAGUUAACUCUGAAAAUGGUGAUAACUCGGAUAAUAAAGACAUUUUAGUGAGCUUUUUGUGGAUUCAUAAUCAAAAGGCUGUAGAGAAAUACGAGAUGGAGUUGAAACAAUAUGAAGCAAAGAUAAAGGAUCAGGAAGAAAUUGACAAGAAGUUGAGAGAGGAAGAGGAAGAACGAAAUAAAGUUGAUAGCGAGCAUAAUGAAGACCUGGUGGAGAAAGAAAACCGUGAAAAAUCUACUACGGCGAAGGAAGCUAAUGUGGAAAAAGACUCCAACGAGGGCCAUUCCACUACUUUUGGGCGCUCAUCAGAGAAGGAUAUUACACAAGGUAGUGAAGAAGAUACCAUCCAAGAAAAGGAAGCAGAGGAACAAUCAGCACCAGCGAAAAGAAGGGCACCUCCACCAAGGAGGGGAAAAAAGAGGCGCAAAGGACCACUUCCCAAGAAAGCUGCUCCGAAGCCUUUGCUACCACCGGAGGAACCUAUUUAUUCUUACUCGAGCGUCUCUUUCACUAUUCAUGGAAUUCCCAACAAAUUCGUACCCAUAUUUGUCAAUAGUUUGGAUUCGGUCGACAAAGUGCGAGCUAAAAUGGAACACAUUCUAGAGACUGGAAAUCGAGUCGUUCCUUACCAGCUUUGGUAUCAAGUGGAUGGGAAACUCGAUGCGGAUUUGGCCGAAAGUGCUCGAGUCUCUUUAAAUCAAGAAGAAAAGAAAAUGACCGGUAUUCCAACUAUACAAGAAAAAGUAGAGCCUAAGAAGUAUCCGAAAAAGAAAAAAACCAAGGAGACGGAAGGUUCGAGUGUUACGGCAACAGCGAAAGCAGAACCUGGAGAUGGGGGGGUUGUUGCAGCUACUGAGGGCAAUUCAAGCAAUCAGGUGGUAAAUUUGCUUGAAAACACAGGUGUAAAUGCUAAUGUAACACGAGAGCAUGUAAGCAUACAAUUGUGA